AUGUUUACCCUAGUCGUGUUCCAUCAUGAUGCCUUCCUUCCCAUGACGUUUUUAGUGUCGACCGAGUCCAACGCUUUGGCAGAUAUCGAAUCCAUCGUUAUCAACCGGAACGGGAAGUCCGACGCGUUAUCAGUUCGGGUCCACUCUCCCCCGCAUUGCCGUAUACAUAACCCCGGCCGGUGCGCCCUCGCGCUCGUUUACGAAGCUGUCUCUAUAUUCGGAAUGUCGACCCGCUCAUAUCAGGGUUGCUGGACCUGUAAGCGCCGCCGGCGUCGGUGUGAUAACGGUCACCCGACAUGUCAGAAUUGCGCGCAACGGGGUGUUGAUUGUGAAGGCUACGAGGUGCGAUUGCGCUGGGGCAGUGGCAUUGCGUCGCGGGGCCGGUUCACCGGCGCUGAUAAACCACUCGAUGAAAAUGUUCCGGUUAGGCCAAGGGGAAGACGAAGGGAUCUCAAUCGGGAGAGAAGGAAGCUCGAGGCGCAGCCGAAUGGAAAGCCCUCGAGUUCGUGCUUCCGCGAUCUUAACGGGGUGCUGGUGGAGCUUCAUGACAUGGACACGACAUUGUUGAAUCCAGAGGCAUCCGAUCACGAUAAAAUGUUAUUUGAUGAGUUCCUGAGAGACGGCAUCAAUGUCUUGCACUCAACGACGGCACGGGACAGCAUGCUGCUGCCCCGACUACCGGAACUGUGUCAAGAAUCAAGCGCCCUGUAUCCAAUCUGUCUUGCAUUUCAACUCUCCCUCUCAGCAACACACACAGCGUCAUUCUUCGAGUACUUCGACUCCGCCCUCCGUGAAUUCCGAUCCGAACUGGCCCGCAGCACGACCCUCUCGGAUGGGACGCUGACAGCGGGUCUCCUGCUGUGUAGCAUCGGUCUGAUGCACGGGCUGCCCUGGACCAUGCAUCUAGAAGGCAUGCACAACAUCCUGCAAAGCCACGGCCUCGACGACCCACAUCGCACAGCAACCUCUUUCAAGUUUCGCACACAUCUCCUCGAGGUCAUGGGAGUUAUGGACCUGCCUUGCUUUGCCGUGGGUCGUCAAACCCCAUGUAUCGGUAUCUGGCGUCGGUACUGCCAGUCCGCGGGACCGAGGCAGGGAAUUGAACCAGUAACGGGACUUCCGAGGUCCUUAGUAGAUCUAUUUGCCGGCAUCGGCAUGGAAACUACCGAGCAGAGCUUCUGGGACUGGCCAGGCGAGGCGGGAAGCUUCUUACAGUGCUAUUUGUGGGAAGCGCACCGAUUAGCUGGGAUCCUUACUCUUCGCCGGAAUGCACGUACCAGCGACCAACCGCGCGACAUUCCCGGUUUCUCAGCGUGGCGACAACCAAACGCGUGUCCUGCAGAUACGACGGUCUUGGUGGCUCGUAUACUGGCAAACCUCGAUGCUUUGCGUCUGGCAUGUGUUGAGCGCCCGACGGAAGAUACCUACAUCAAGAACGCGGUGGUUUUUCCGUUCUUUGUAGCCGGGCUAGAAGUCGAGGUAAUGGGUCGUAACCCGCAGUGGCAGAGUACUAUUCGGAAUCGUGCGUUAUCUUCGAAGCAAGAUGAGAUACUUCUUGAAUUGUUAGAGGAGAUAUGGCAGAGAAAUGAACCUACUUUCGACGUCAAUGACUUGGCGAGGGCGAAAGAUAUCGAGAUGGGAUUGUUAUGA